AUGGAUUUGACGUUAUUGGGUGUGAAUUUUUGUUACGCAACGUCGAAUCAUAUAGCACUUGCUACGGCCGAGUUAGUAACGUGCAUUGUUCUGAGUACCGAUGAUGAAUUAUCAUGUCCCCAAUGGUACAUUUGGCGAUGUAUUUUAACAGAUGAUAAAGAUAUCAAGCAUACGGAAGACUUAUUCAUUCUCUGUGAACGAAUUUUUUCAAUCGGUGGCGUAUGGUCGUCAAAAAAUAACUCAUCAUAUAUCAAAUUUACAAUUUAUUGUGCGUAUUAUGUAUCAUUUCUUACAUUGUCUUAUGUCGACCUCUUCGAAAUCAUUGGCAAUCUCCAAUUGACAGUAAUGAAUAUGGUAGAAACAGUAGUUUACACGAUCACAUUCAUGAUGAUACUCGUGAUACGUUUUAGCAGCCUACUAAGAGAAGUUAUUGAGAUAACGAAACAAAAUAUUAGGGAGUAUCGUUUUGAAAAUAAUGAUGAGAAAAUAAUUUACAAUACUUAUCAUUAUGUGUCGAAAAUAUUCUUUAAAGUUUCGAAUAUUUGUAUGAUUAUCACCGUGACGUUAUCAUACAUCAGGCCUUUGAUGAAUUUUGCUAUCAGUUCAGUUAAGGACAACAGUACAAAUAUUUACAUUUUACCUGUUCGAAUAUAUACUUUCUUUGAAUUAUCAAAUACUCGUGAUUACAUUCUCUUUUAUCUUUAUCUCCUUCCAAUAAUCUACAUGUCAAUGUGUCACAUGACAGCAAUAUGUGUGCUCGUCAAUUUGGUUCUUUACAUCUGUGCUGACUUGUCCAUUUUGGCAUACCGCAUACGGAAUAUUGCUAUAAUAUCAGAGAAGGAUGUUCAUCACAGAAUUCGCUUCCUUAUUAAAAUGCAUUAUAAGACUAUUUGUAUGAAAAUUUAUUUCUUUCAUGACAGGAUUGCUAAGUCAUUAGAUGAUGCCCUCAAUAUCGUUCUUUUAGACGAAUUACUAGGAAACAGUAUAGUAUUGGCAAUCUCUAUGUAUUAUGUUCUAAUAGUGCGUAUAAUUUUUAUUAUAUUACAAUUUUUUAGUUAUGAUACAUCGGAAAUAGCAACUUCCUGUACCUUCAUCUUCUUUUCCUUAACAGCUCUUACAAUGCUUUACGGAUUCUGUGUUAUUGGAGAUCAAUUAACAGAAAAGGUUUUUAAAGACUUUAACAAAAUAAAACUAUUAAAAUUAAUUCUUUUUUUAUUUCAGAGUCAGAACGUCCUAGAUGCAUACUACGAAUGCAAUUGGCAAGAUAUGUCAUGCAGUACAAAAAAAUCACUUCUCAUAUGUAUGAUAAGAGCACAAAAAUAUUUGUAUUUAACUGGAGGAAAAUUUUAUAUAUUUUCUUUGAUUGGUUUUACUGAUGUAAGUUUAAUUUUACUAAUAACAAACUAAAAAUUUAAUAAAAAGCCUUAUAAUCUAUAACUUGAAUUUUCUGUACAGGUUCUAAAGUCGUCCGUGGCGUACUUAU